CGAAGCCCAGCAGCUUCCGGACGAUCUGGGGUUAUUGUUCAUUUACGUUACGGGAGGACUUGCCCCCACCCUCAGCUGGAUUAUCAUCAUUACCAGAUAAGAUGAAGGUGGUUUUGCUCGCCCUUCUCUGCCUGGCCUCUGUGUCGUUCUUCGGAGUAGAUGCAACCAAGCUGGAUGCUGCAUCAAACUUCAAGAGGAAGUGGACCGCAUGGGCGCUGAGCCGAGCCAGGCGGGACCUGCCAGCCCAAGUGGCUGAUGCAAGCGUGCAUUCUUUCAUCCGCACCCAGGACGUGAAAGGCGAGCCCAAUAUGCUGCAGCCCAGCCUGGAGACGAGGCGCCUCCGUGUGAAGCGAAACCUGCGCUCGAUUUGCAAGUUGUGGACGUGCAAUGUGCACCACCUAGCCGACACACUGUCCCAGUUCAGUGACAAGGGCAAGGACAUCUCGGCUCCUCCCGAAAAGAUCAGCUCGUACGGACGCAGGCGGCGCUCUCUCGCCCUCGCGCGGGUCCAAGGAUAGGAGCUCGCGGCCGCGUUUGGCCGAGCCCAGAGUCCACUUUGACGCCAAUCCAUGUGCUCCCAGACUUGGGGAAUAUGAAAGAGUUGCUGCAGCUGCCCCACCGAUGGCGAAAAGGGGGGUGGAAAAUGCCUUCGAAAGGCUCAGGCUACCGGCAGGACGGGCCACCGAGCUUUCCAUCCCUCCCGAAGUAUCUUGUGGAAUAAGGGCCGGCUGAUGGAGCCUACAAAGGCGCUCUUUCGUUGUGGCGGUGGCGGUGCUGGUGACUGGCUCUCCUCGACUUCGUGGUGACUGCCCUCCCUUUCUUCCCCACAUGGCAUGGGAUUGGCAGGGCCUCUCUCAGGAGGGGCUUCUUGAUACUUGAAUGAUCUGGCCUGGCAAAGUGCAAUGGACCUAAUGUGUGGGAGGUGAUUUCUGCCUGCUGUUGAGUAAGGAUGAGUGAGCUGAGUGGGUGAUUGCUGAUGAAAGAAACCAAUCCUAUUUAAACAAAUGGUGUUCUGUCCUUGUAUUCUUUUUAAUGACAGAGAUAUUUUUAUAUUAUAUGUAGAGAUAUGGAUAUAUUGCUUAUGGGCAUUAUAUUUUUAAAUUACCGAUAUUUUGUUUCAAACUUUGUUUUCCUCAGUGGUGGCACCAGUAAAACAGUUCUGGGGGGAGGAACAGUACAUUUUAGAACUGGCUGGAUCUGCUCCUUAGGUUAACUUUCAGAAUGAGAACUGUUAAAAUAUUUCACAUUCACAGUCUUAUCCUAAGCAUAUUUUCUCUAAAAUAAACCCUCUUGAUUUUUGGUGGAGGUAGCUUUCAAGUAAAGAUGUUUAGGACUUCAGCCUUUUGUUGUAAGAUUUAGUGUAUGAUUCAGUUAUACUUUCUGUAUGAAAAGUGCAUUGUGUAAGCAUCGAGGAGACAGAUGGAAAACAAGCUACUUGUCAGGAGUGCAUGCAGACGUGCCUCCUAUAGUUUUCACUGUACUUAUAUUAAUCUGUUUGCCCCAUUUGAUAAAGUUAUAUUGCCAAUCUCUCCUGGGAUAACAUGUGAAAAAAAUAAUAAACAUUAUUGCACACAAAAAA